GACCGCGGACGACGCGCACACACACAGUGCCGCCGGACGCGCAGACCGUCGGGCGAUACGAGCGAUACAUCGCGGUCGGUUAUCGUUGGGUUUACACGCGAACUCGCGAGCGCACACACACGCACGCCUACGAGCGAACGCAUUGCACGCGCUUCGCGUCCAUCGUCACGUCACGUGUUCAUCGGAGCGCCCAGACGACGGCCACCCACCCGUAUACCCACAUAAUAAUAUUAUAUUUAUGAUAAUAUUAUAUAUUAUAUUGGUAAAAAUAUAAAAUUUUAAAAGUCUCGUUUGAAGUCGUUGCGAUGUUGCCGCUCGUCCAGAAAUCUACGAUAAUGGGUUACGGAUAACGUCAUAACAAUAAUAUCGUUAUAUAGUAUAUUGUAUCCUAACGUUUCGAUAAAAAAAAAAUUAACUGUCGAUAAAAACAAAGUAUAAAAAAAUCGCACGUGUUCUCGUCCGGAUCGCGGCCUAUUAAACGGGUUAUUUGCACGCUGUCCGCCCGUCUACGCGCGACCGCAUAGAAUAUAACGCGUCGUCGCGUGCGACUGCAUUGCUGCAAAUGGUAUGAUGACCAUGAUGUAUGGAUCGGAGAAAAUGAUGGCCGGCAAACCGCCGUUGCCCAUCACAGGCACCGGACCGUGUUUUCCCGGCAGGUAUUCGCCGACGUACCGGAAUUCUGCGGACCCGAUGCGCAGAUGUAUGGCCAACCCGUCGAGCCGGAUCCUAGAGGAUGCGUCCUCAUUCAUGUGCAACACCUGGUCUCCACGACACAAUGGUGACUUAUUUGGGGGUCUCAAUGACGGUCUACUCAGUAGAGCUGAAGUGCUCGCCGCCGUGGACAUGGGAAAGCACCACCAUCAUCACAAUCAUCAAUCACCGGGACCUGGCAAUGGCAAUGGUGGUGGCCAAGGCAAUGGAUCAUUGGGACCUGGAUCCACUGGAUCACCUGGGCCGCUCUCUCAGCUCAAGCACGACGUUAUGUCGUCAUACCACCACCAUCAUGGAAUGUCCGGUGGACACUCAGGUAGCCAAUCCAAUCACCGAGGUCACCAGAUGCACCCCGGCAUGGAGGGCCUCGACCUCCUAGAACCCAUAUCGUCGUCGACCAUGACCACUCUGACGCCGAUGUCAGACGGAUCCGGCCACGGUCCGCUCCAUCCCGGCGUCUACGGUGCGGGCAUGAUGAGCGGCCACCAUCACCACCACUCGCACUCGGGCGCCGGCCCGAACGGGCACCCGCAUCACCACCAUCACCACCAUCAUCAUCACGCAGCGGCGGCGGCUGCUGCGGCGGCAGCGGCGGCCGGCAUGAUCGGCGCCGGUGGCGGUGCAGGGCUUCAACACCCCGACACCGACACCGAUCCACGAGAGUUGGAGGCGUUCGCCGAGCGGUUCAAGCAGCGCCGCAUCAAGCUGGGCGUGACGCAAGCGGACGUCGGCAAGGCGCUGGCCAACCUCAAGCUGCCGGGCGUCGGCGCUCUGUCCCAGAGCACCAUAUGCCGGUUCGAGUCGCUGACGCUGUCGCACAACAACAUGAUCGCGCUCAAGCCGAUCCUGCAGGCGUGGCUGGAGGAGGCGGAAGCGCAGGCCAAGAACAAGCGCCGCGAUCCGGACGCGCCGAGCGUGCUGCCGGCCGGCGAGAAAAAGCGGAAGCGCACGUCGAUCGCGGCACCCGAGAAACGGUCGCUGGAAGCGUACUUCGCCGUGCAGCCGCGGCCGUCGGGCGAGAAGAUCGCGGCCAUAGCGGAAAAGCUUGACCUGAAGAAAAAUGUGGUCAGAGUAUGGUUCUGCAACCAGAGGCAGAAGCAAAAGCGCAUGAAGUUUGCGGCCCAACACUGAUGACGGGAUUCCGAGCCGCCGCUGCCAUCCGUCGUCACACUUCGAUCCCUUCCUAUAAGACACGUGCUCAUUUUAGUCGCAUUGACCGGAAAUAAUCAUUUCUAUAUAUAUAUAAAACAAAAAUAUAUAUAUAUACAUUAUUAUUAUUAUUAUUAUUAUUAUAAAUAACAUAAAUAUUUAUUAUCGUCUAUAUAAAACUAAAUAGUUGUGUAUAUGAUUAAUAUAUAUAUAUUAUAUAUUUGAGUUUGGACGACCGAUUCGUUAAACACGGGGCAUCAUCGAUUUAGGCGAAUCGCCCGAAAUUUAUCCGCGUAGAUCGUAUAUAAUUUGAGCGAAUUUAUCUCUAUUUUGCCUAAUGUCGAGUAUUACAUUUUGAGAUGAACGAUAUUUUGAUUUGUAAAUCAAAAAAAUAACAUAAUAUGAUAAAAAUGGCGUGUUCAGCUAAUCUUUAAUCGUUAUGUAAUUCUAAAAAUGGUAAAGAAAGUGUACUAGACAUACUAGGUACUAUACAUAACUUUCGCUCAAAUGAUAAAUGGGAUUUUGGGUAAUUCGCACCAAAACACGCGCAUCUCUCUCUUAAUCUCAAUCUCCCUUUCUGUAAAAGCUUCAGACGGUUUUGGUUCAACUUUUUUUUUCUUUGUUUUGUGCGUUUUAUUUUAAAAAAACGUCCACAAUAGUUUCAUAUUAAUUAAAUGUAAUUAUUAUGUUAGGAAAUCUAAUGUACAAAUUUGAUUCUGCUUUUCAUGUACGAUAUAUGUACCACUUAUUAUAAUAUAUGUUCCUAAAAACAUGAUAAACCAUACGAGUGUGAUCAAGCGACUUUUAAUUGAUAUAAUAUUAUGUUGGUAGGCAUUUAUGAUAAACUUAAAAUCAAAGUUUCUGUUUUAAAUAAAAUAAGUAAACAAAUACAAUAAAAUAUACGUACGUAUUUUUUAACCAGUGAUAUUUGAAAAAUAUUUAAUAUAUCGGGUCGAAUAUCUUUUUUCGUGGCAAAUGAUAUUGUACAUUUGAAAUCAAAUCGAUAGCAAUCAAUUAUAAACAUUCAAGAUCAUUAAAUAUAAUAUGUAAUCACUUACUUAUAUGGGUAGAUUCAUCAACAUAUAGAUAUACUACAUAAUAUAUCUACAACACAUUUUAAUUACAUUCUUAUUUUUAGAUAUAAAAUAACACAUUUCAUAAUAGUUACACAAAACAGUGUAAUUAUUGAAAGGAAUAAAAUACAAAUUAAUAUUGUUGAAAUAAAUUAUUUCCGUUGGUUUAGAUACUAAAAUAUACUAUAUUCAUUAACUAAAUUGAAUUAUCACCAAGCAUUUCUUAAAUGAAUAGAAUAAUAAAUUUAUAAACUCAUGUAAAUGUAUGACUUUCAAAUUUUAAAUUAUUAUCUAAUAUAAAAAGAAUGUUUUACGUGUGAAUAACGUUCAAAGUGUUUAAAAUUAUAUUCACUUAAUAAAUUUUAAUCUUCGUCACAGUACGAAAAAUAUGAUUACACAUAUCGUUGUAAAAGUUCUAACCGAAUUUUUGUGGCUUUAUGUUAUAGAUUAUGAUAAAUUUUUAAAAAAAUUUUAUGAAAAAUAUCUAUUAUAUAUUAUAUAUAUAUAAACUAUAAAGUAUUAUAUUAUACACAGGCUUUUUAAUAAUUUGGUUUUAAAAUACAUAUAUAUCAUUUAAAUAUAUAAUUCUUUUAAAUAAUCUUUUUUUGACGUUCUGAUUAAAAAAUAAAAAUUUUCGACGAAUUAUUUCUAACAAAUGGGAAAAAAUAAUAAUGCACUGGCGUUAUCUUAAUUAAAAGUUCUUUAUUUAAAAAAGAAAUAAUAAUAUAACCCAACAAUAUAAAUAUAGUAUCAAAGACUUAUAAUAAUUACCUAUAUUUAUACAUUUUAUUAAAACGUAAACUAUUUUAUUUAAAAGGUAUAACGCUAUACUUAGAUUGAGAUAUUUAGCACAACGCAAAAUUGAAUUGUACAAUGAAAAUAUCAUAACAUUACAUACUUUGACUAGGUACGUCUUUUAUUUUAUUAUUAAAGUCAUUUUAUUUAUUUGUUUUUUUAUUUUAAACAGUUGAUCGCACUAAAUGUUAUAUUUGUAUAAAAAAUAUAUGCUCUACAUCUGUAACAAUAUUAUUAAAUGAAUUGCUGUUAAGAUAGUCAUUUUAUUUCCUGUAUUUUAGGUAUUGUAGGUAACUAUUUAAUUAUUUUUGAAGUGCAAUACAUCGACAAAUCAUAAAUACAAAAUAUUUUGUUCAUAUAAACUCCACAAAUGCAUUUUUUAAAUAAUUUUUUUAAUGAUUAUUCCUUUUUGAGAUAAUUUAAUCAAACUUAUGAAAAUAUUGCCAGUAUAUUUGCCUACUCAAUGGAUUACAAUAAUCAAAAUUACGCGGAUAGGCAUUGUGUAUACAUUUUCAUUUGAUUUUAACUACACAUACGUUAUUCACAAAUUCCAUGUACAAACAACGUUUAAAUAAUAAAUUAUUGUCUCACUGCGCUAACGUGCGAAUAUCAUUUUGUUGUAAAUACUACUAUCGGAACAUCAAAACUGUACAUACAUUCGAUCGAUAUAGUUAUCUAUAUUAGGUAUAUAUGUAAAUAAAUUAUUGAAAUUCGUAAUUUUCAUCAAAAUUGUGUUCUUCUCUAUAGAGUAAUAAGAGAAUGGAAAUGUGCAAUAUAAUUUUUAAUAAUUAUUCAUCUAUGGUGAUGGUUUUUUUUUUAAUUUUAACUGUAUUAUUUAGUUUUUUUUUUGUGUUUUCAUUUAUGUAUAAACAUAAACAAAAAAUAUAUUUAAAAUAAAUCUGUAAUUUUCAGAAAAUAUUAUUUUACUUGUUACAUUCGCUGCAUUAAAAGAUUGAUGUCCAAUUAAAAUUAAAUUUAUUAAUAGACUUCCCGUUUUCGUAACGGUCUUUUCCCCCCGUCCCUAUGGAAAAACUGUUGAAAUCAUUUGUCAAAACAAGCACUAACAUGACUCGGCAGUUUCUUUCUCCGAGAACCCUAACACUUUAUCAGAAAAUGUUAUUAACUAGUGAAAUUUUGACAUUUACAAUAUUAUCGUGUUAUAUAUAACGUAAUAAAACAACAUAUUUUUGUUAUUAUAUCAAUGUUGUAAUCAACAACUCCUCUGUAUAGAUACCAACGUAUUUUAAUCCAAAAUUGUUAAUCCGGACUCGGAGAUGAUUUUUUUUCUUUAUUUAGACUAUUGUAAUGUUAGGCAAUAUGUACAGUUGUAGUUUUGUAAAAAUAGAUAUUGUAAAAUAGACUAUAAUGAAUAUUGUAUCCUUUUAGUUGUAGAUGAAAAAAUAAAAUAAAAUAUAAAAUAAAACAUUU